AUGGAGUCAUAUACUCUAACCACCUCUUCCAUCUCCUACACCAAACCUCUUUCACCUCUCUUACUCACGGCGGAGCAACCUUCCUACAUCCUCCGCAACAUCAGCCUCACCUCUCAUCCUUCCCAAAUCCUUGCCAUUGUUGGCCCUAGCGGCGCCGGAAAAUCAACUCUCCUAGAUAUCCUCGCCGCAAGAACCUCCCCAACCUCAGGCUCGAUCUUCCUCAACUCCAUCCCUCUUAACCCAUCCUCUUACCGUAAAAUCUCAUCCUACGUUCCUCAACACGACGACUUCUUCCAUCUGCUCACCGUCUCCGAGACCGUCACUUUCUCUGCCUCCCUCUUGCACCCAAAAAACCCAUCAAAUGUCUCCAAUGCCGUUUCUUCUCUCCUCAAAGAACUUAACCUAACACAUCUUGCACACACUAGACUCGGUCAAGGCUUAUCGGGUGGUGAACGCAGGAGGGUUUCGAUUGGCCUAAGCCUUCUUCACGAUCCGGUAUUUCUCCUCCUCGACGAACCCACCUCGGGUUUAGACAGUAAAUCCGCUUUCGACGUUGUUCAAAUCCUCAAGUCUAUUGCUACGUCGAGACAACGUACAGUAAUCUUGUCCAUACACCAACCAAGCUUCAAGAUUCUAUCUCUCAUCGAUUGUAUGUUACUUCUAUCGAAAGGAACCGUUGUAUACCAUGGAGGGCUUGAUUCACUCGAAGGUUUCUUGCUCUCCAAGGGAUUCACUGUUCCUCCUCAGCUGAAUUCUCUUGAGUACGCUAUGGAGAUACUUGACGACCUCCAUGAUCCCUGCACAAACUCCAACAUUGCUCUUCCUGACCACUCCCCUAGAAAUAAAAAUCAGAACGCAGCAAAACCGAGCAUUGUUCGAUAUAGAGCUUCGAGAAUAACUGAAAUUAGCCUUCUUUCUAGGAGAUUCUGGAAGAUCAUAUGCCGGACGAGGCAGUUGCUUCUAACCAACAUCUUAGAAGCUCUUCUAGUCGGUCUUGUCUUAGGCACUAUCUACCUCAACAUUGGAACCGGAAAAGAAGGAAUUGAGAAAAGAUUCGGCCUUUUUGCGUUCACUCUCACAUUCCUCCUCUCCUCCACCACCCAAACCCUCCCGAUAUUCAUCAAUGAACGGCCCAUCCUUCUCCGUGAAACAUCGAGCGGACUCUACAGACUCUCCUCUCACAUUCUUGCAAACACUUUCGUGUUCUUGCCCUACUUGCUUCUCAUUGCGAUAAUCUACUCUGUCUCUCUCUAUUUCCUCGUAGGUCUAUGCCCUUCCUGGCAAGCUUUUGCCUAUUUCGUGUUCGUGAUUUGGAUUAUUGUCUUAAUGGCCAACUCUUUCGUGCUUUUCUUGAGCUCUCUCGCGCCUAACUACAUUGCUGGAACAUCUCUAGUGACCAUUCUUCUUGCGGCUUUCUUCUUGUUCUCUGGUUACUUCAUCUCUAAGGAGAGUCUUCCUAAGUACUGGCUCUUCAUGUACUUCUUCUCGAUGUACAAGUAUGCGUUAGACGCACUUCUGAUAAAUGAGUACUCUUGUCUACUCAACAAGUGCUUGGUCUGGUUUGACGAAGCCUCUGUGAAAAGCUGCUUGGUUACCGGAAGUGACGUGUUAGACAAGAAAGGGCUUCGUGAGAAACAACGGUGGUUUAAUGUCUACGUGCUGUUAGGGUUCUUCGUACUAUAUCGUGUUUUGUGUUUUCUUGUUUUGAUCAAAAGGGUUUCGGGUUCCAAGAGAUAA